AUGUGUAUACGUAAAAAGUUUGAGUUUAAUUUUAGCAGUCAUAUGGUCGCUAAUUCAAGAAUUGAAGAUUUAUUUAAUUUAAAAAAAAAAAACACGGAUCAUAUUGAUAAGAACGAUCUAAUAACAAUACUAAAAUCGUUAGGUUUUAAUAUAUCCUGUCAAAUUUUUGAUGAUAAUAAAAAUAUUUAUAACUUGGACGAACUGAAAGAUUUCGUUGAUAAAUUUCAAAAAAAUUAUUAUGAAAAAGAAAAAAUUGAAAACUGCCUCAAUUUUUUAAACCCUAAAAAAGAUAUAAUAAAAAAAAACGAUUUGAAAAUUCUUUUAUGUGAAAAUGGAAAUAAGUUUACAGAAAGUGAAUUUAAAAAGUUCUUAAUUGAUAUACCUAUGGAUGUGGAUGAGAAUAUAUACCAUCAUGACUUAAUCCAAGUGUAA